GCUUUGCUCCUCCUCCUCCAACAGGACUGCGAAGGCUUCGAGAAAUGCUGCACCAACGUCUGUGGUUUGCGGAGCUGCGUGGCCGCCCGCUACGCUGACGGAAGCCUCUCCUCCCUGGAGCAGGUGCAGGAGGCCACCUGCGAAAGCUUUGUCUGCACCCAGCAGGGCUCGGACUGCGACAUCUGGGACGGGCAGCCGGUCUGCAAGUGCAAGGACAGGUGUGAAAAGGAGCCCAACUUCACCUGCGCCUCUGAUGGACUCACCUACUACAACAAGUGCUACAUGGAUGCCGAGGCUUGCAUCCGGGGCAUCAGCCUCGCUGUCGUGCCCUGCAAGUACAUUUUCACCUGGCCCAACACCAGCCCGGUGCCCGUGGAGACCACAGCUCACCCGACCCCUGGCGCCGUGGCCGCUGAGCUGCCGAUACCCCCCGCCCUCUACAACAACCCCUUCCACCAGUCGGUGUACGUAGGCGGCACCGUCAGCUUCCACUGCGACGUGAGUGGGCGGCCCCGUCCGGAUAUCACAUGGGAGAAGCAAAGCGAUCACCAGGAGAACUUCAUUAUGCGGCCCGACCAGAUGUAUGGCAACGUCGUCGUGACCAACAUUGGCCAGUUGGUGAUCUACAACGCACAGCUGGAGGAUGCCGGGAUCUAUACGUGCACGGCCAGGAACUCCGCCGGUCUUCUGCGAGCAGACUUCCCGCUCUCCGUCAUCAAGAGGGAGCACUCCAGAGGAGAGCUGAAGACACCCACCACCCCACAGCUCCCGCCUGACGAGUGCCUAAAGGAACCGGAUAAGCAAGAGUGCGAGGCCCACCAAGUCCGCUGGCAUUUCGAUGCCAAGAAAGGCUCUUGCGCCACAUUCCGCUAUGGUGGGUGUGGGGGCAACCAGAACCACUUCGAUACUUACGAGGAGUGCCAGUUGGCCUGCGUCAGUAACGCGGUCAACCUCUGUACACUCCCCAUGGUCCAGGGCCCCUGUAAGAACUGGGAACCCCGCUGGGCCUACAACCACCUGAUGAAACAAUGCCACUCUUUCAUCUACGGUGGCUGUGAGGGCAACGAGAACAACUUUGACAGCAAAGAGAGCUGCGAGGAUCUGUGCCCCUUUCCCAAGACUCUGCAGUGCAAAGCCUGCCGCCUGAAGAGCAAGAUGGUCCCGAGUCUCUGUCGCAGCGACUUUGCCAUCGUGGGGCGGCUGAUGGAGAUCAUCGAAGACCAGGAUUCUGGCAUUGCCCGCUUUGCGCUGGACGAUGUCCUGAAGGACGAGAAGAUGGGCCUCAAGUUCUUCAACAUCAAGUACCUCGAGGUGACCUUGACGGACAUGGACUGGAACUGCCCCUGCCCCAAUAUGACCACGGAGGACGGGCCCCUGAUCAUCAUGGGGGAAGUGCACGACGGCAUGGCCGUUCUGGACCCAAACAGCUACGUCCGUACUGCCAACGAGAAGCGGGUGAAGAAGAUCUAUGAGCUUCUUGAGAAGAAGACCUGUGAGCUUCUCAACCGGUUCCAGGACUAAGGUGGGCUGUUUUCCCUUCGGGUGGGGAGGGAAGAGAGACAAAACGUGCCACACACACCCCCGAAGACACAGCUCUUCUCUGCUCACGCACUGCAGUUGCGCAGGACUGGACUAGAAUCUGUUCUAGGAAGAGCGACUGCCCUAGACGUCGGUACGAAAAGAGGAGGUAAACGCAGACUUCUUUCCUCAGUCGGUUCCAUGGACCAGCCUCUUGUUUUUCAAAGAUUAUCAUUAUCCCAUUACAAUGAAGCUCUAUUAUGCUUGUAACUACCUAUCAUCUGCUUUUUGUGUGAGCUGUAAUUUAUCUGUGCCUGUGACAACCACCUCCUCAUCCCAGUCUAUCCUGUGUACAAUUAAAAAUACUGUAAUAUUAAUAAAAAACAAGCAGUGUUUCUUCUCCAGUCACAGUGAAGGUUGAUCGCUUCCCUUCCCUUCCUGUUUUAACAUCACUCUGAUUAACGAAGUGCCUAUCCAUUCUGGCAUAGAGAUUACUGGUAUACGGAUUGCUGUUGGUACAAUUUGCUUUGCACCAAAUAACAGCGUCCAUGCCUGUUUCAACUUAGAUUGAUCCGAUCCUGCCCCUUCAACAGCUGUCCUGCACCUUUGUGGCACGGCACUAGGGCCCCUCUUCUUUUUGGCAAGAUUCAGAGGGAUCAUAAAUAGCUUGUUGGGUAGCCUGUGCAGAGGGUUAGCUCACACCCAAAUGGAGGUCCAGAACAAGUCUGGGUAUUAAACUUCUAACAUCCUUUUUUGUUUCAAAGCUGGUAAACCAUAGAUUCCUCAUUCAGAUAAAACCAGAAACCAUCGUAUAGUAAGAUGUUUCCUGGUUUGUUCAACUGUGCAUUAAGGGGAAGUAGAAAGAAGCUAUUUGUAAGGACUAAAGUCUUGUCAAUAUCUCUUGCCUCUUAAGCUCUUUACUGGAACAAUGUGAUCCCUUUAGCAUUAACUGAAAAAGCCCCCUUUUUUAUGCUAGAAAAACACUGUAAGGUACUCUGGAAGUUGGUUCGUGGCAACUGGACCUCUUUCUUAUUAGGU